CGCUUGGAAAGUUAGCUUAACUUUAGCUAUAGUUACUCAGUGGUUAUUGUAGAGCCGGUAAAAUCGGUGGAAUACAACAGCAAUCUUCUGCAAUUCUUUAAAUCAUCAAUGCCUACCACACAUUAUCAACUCUCUAAACUACAAUCUGUAGAUCGAAUUACACGUCUACCUAUUGUAGAAACAGGAUGGUAUUAUGCAGGAAAAGUUUACAGCAAAAUAAAGACGUCCAACAGUGUUGUUCAUUGGGCUAUUGACCAAGCUGAAACAACAAUUUUCAAUGUUGUCGAUUCUGCCUUACCAGCAGCAGUCUUAUUUGAAGGACCUCUUCAAACUGUAGACACGGUUCUGUGUAAAAGUUUAGAUAUCGUUGAAGAAAGGUAUCCCUCUGUUAAGCUUCCACCAGAAGUGAUGUAUGUCAAUGCUAAACAAUAUGUUACCAAUAUGGGAAAAACGUUUGCCCAGCCUGUUCUCAAAAGGGCCGAUUCGAUGAAGCAAAUUGGUAAUACAGUUUUAGUCAGUAAAUAUACUGAAUUUGCUGCUGAAACUUUGGAUGGAGCCUUAGAUGUUGCGGACAAAUAUGUGGAAAGAUAUUUACCAGGAGAUGGAAGCGAUGUUACAGAUUCUAAAAUAUCAGCAGAUGAUGUUGAGGCAGUAAAAGCUAUAAAAACAUUACAUCACGUCGACAGAUUUUCUCGUAAAUUACAACGUCGAUUAACUCGCCGAGCUUUAGCAGAAGCUGAGGCAAUUAAAGAGCAAAGCACAGAAGCUAUUCACGUAUUACUCUACGUUACUGAAUUGAUCGCAACCGAUCCAGCGUUGGCCCUUGAAAAAGGGAAGGAACUUUGGGCAUCUUUGAGUCAGGAUGAACCUGAAAAUCAGGCGCCUCCAGAAAACUUGGAACAACUUAUUGUAAUGGUCACGAGGGAAACAGCCAGACGAGCGGUACAUCUUGUCAAUUUCACCUUUGAAGAACUCAACAAGUUGCCCCUUCUUGUCUCUACAACAGCCCAAAAGAUAUUCGCCAAAAACGGAGAAGCUGCUGGCUCAUUAGUUAAGAUAUUUCAUUUGGAAAAUGUGAACGAAUUCGUAUUAGAAUCUGCCCAAUUAGGGAUCAAACAAGCAGCUAUUGUGUUCUCUUACUUCGUCAACAUCUUGGAACAAUGGGCAAAGCUGUUAUCCAAUUUAGAGUCCUCCAAUAAACGAUACCUUCAAGAAACCAAACACCAAAAUCAACCAAACACUAGCAAUUUUGAUACUCUCAAACCACCAACACCAAAAUCUCAGCAACUAAGAGCAUCUGCUGUGGUCAACGGUAUUGAUUAGACGAUUAUAUAUUUUAUACGUUAUUAGUUUACAGUGGUUUCUUUUAUUUUAAUUUCUUAUAUGUAAAUAUUUUUAAGAAU